AUGACAACCCAGCAGCAGGCCUACCCGCCUCCUUACCAGUACGCAUCGAAUACACAAGUGCCACCCAAUUUAUAUAAUGACGGUUCCCAUCCACAACCUAUACCAGGUCAGGCGUGGAUCCAACCGAUGCAAGCUUACCCAGCUCCAGAGCAACAACCGUUAGAUCACCCUGGGGGAAGCAGUUACAAUGAAACACACGCGGAAGAAGGUGGUGGAGGUGGUGGAUUCACCACGGCCGAACGAUUCUCAGACAAGAACAUUCGAAGAACGUUCAUCAAAAAGGUAUACAUCGUGUUGACUAUCCAACUUAUGUUUACAUUUGCCAUUGUCUGUGUAUUUUCGUUUGUUGCUGUAUUUCUGAUUGUAUUUCUAUCGUUAGCAUGUAUCGAUUCGCUGCGACGUAAGCACCCAUUAAACAUCAUUAUGCUCGGAGUCUUGACUUUAUCUUUAUCCUACAUGGCUGGGACGAUCGCAAGCUACUACGAUACUAUUUCUGUCAUCGUGUGUGUGGGAAUAACGAUGGGUGUAUGUCUCGGUGUAACACUAUUCUGCGUGCAGACUAAGUUCGAUUUCACCAAGUAUAUCGGAGUGGCUUUCGUGCUUACAUUGGCUUUACUACUGUUCGGAUUUAUCGCCAUAUUUACAUAUUCAGAUAUCGUGAACGCAGUUAUUGGUCUUGUGUGUGCAUUGGUACUUGUAUUGUGGCUGGCUAUCGAUACCCAACUUAUCCUUGGCGGAAAGAAGCACGAACUGAACGCGGAAGAAUACAUCUAUGCAGCAAUGACGCUUUACAUUGACAUCGUUUAUAUAUUCCUCAUCAUUUUAGCUAUAUGUGGUAAAGGGUAG